UAUCUCCUUGUCUCUACCUAAAACAUCGUUCUGAUAAUAAGGCAACUCUUGAUAUAUACCGCAUAUGCAGAUGCCAGCCUCUGCGGUGAUUUCGGAAUUGCCUUAGAUAGAUAACCCUUGACUCCUUUGUUUGGCCUCUAUACGACCCACAGCCCAAUAUGCCAGUCGCAUCACUCUACCUGCUUGCACUCAAUACCGACACAAGCACCUUUCUCAACUCUCUCCGCUCCUCUCGUACCGUGAUCGUAAGCUCUAGACCGCGACAUGCCGUGAUUCGUCCCACAGUCCUCGACCAGGACAUUCUAACCAAGACGCCUUGGGAUCUUCUCAUUCUCAUCCAACCGCCUUCGGAUUCACCUCCGAUCCCCUCUACUCUUCAAUCUCAAAUCAAGACUCAGUACCAUGUAACAGUGGGAAUACCUUCCAAACUACUCGCCACCUACGCCUCACGAGACGAGUCCCUUAAGCGCACUGCUUCAUCCGUCCCAUUGACUGGAUCCUUAGACCAGGCACGCAGCAAACCGACCUCCCAGAGCCUGGAACUCUCACCCGAUCUCCUUAACUUUAUGGAUAAGCUUACCCCUCAGCAUUCGGGGCCUGUAACGAUGCUCAAUUUGCUACACUUCAACCACCCAAAUGGGAAGAAGAGCUACUACCAGUAUGGGCAGUCUUUCAUUCCUGUGGCUGGAAAGAGAGGCGGAGAUGCAAAGAUAGUGGGUAACGUGGUAAAGCCGAAGUCAGGAACUGCGAAUGCUGUGGACUCGAGAGGAGACUGGGAGAGAAAGGAGGAGGAUUGGUGGAAUGAGAUAUCUAUCGUGCAUUAUCCUUCUAUCCGCCAUUUUUGUGAUAUGCUUGCUGGGGAGGACUAUCAGGAGAUCAACGAAAAAUAUCGAUUGUCGGCUUUGAAGGACACCUUCUUACUUUGCACAACUGAGUUUGACGUGGAAGGAGCAUCUCCAAAACUCUAAUCUUUGGCAAUAUCUGAUUUCUUGCUAUCUUUGCCUACGUGGUCUCCAACCACCAACGCGCGCCUUGAGAUAUUGAUGGAUUAUAUACAAACACUUGAAACCUCCCCUUCCCGCUGUAUUGUGAUAUGAUGAUAAUAUUGAUGUAGUAUUCAAUGAG